AUGCUUCUCGUAACAAUCAAAUCUUUUUCCGAACUAAUUCUUCUCAAUUAUUUGCUAGUCGAACAACUAGAAAUAACGAAACAUCGUAAAACAAGAAAAAUGCGGCGCAUUCUUCAUCUGCUGGCGACAGCGCUGGCCGGGAGUCACCUGAGCUACUCGAUCACGGAUGGCACUCGCCUUGGCAGCUACAUCGGCAACAUCGUCCAGGACUUGGCCGAGAUCUCCCUCACCUCUUCUACCGCGAUUUUUCAAGUCGUCAAAGGAGCAAAUAUCGUCAACGUCACUCCCGAAGGCGAUCUGCGAGUGAUUACGGACAUUGACCGCGAGAACAGCGAAUUAUGCAGCAAAGACGAGCCCAGGUGCUCGAUCAGCGCGGAGAUCCUCUACCGAAACGACAACGACUUUAAAUUAUUUUACAUUGAUUUGGACAUUUUGGACAUCAAUGACAACAGCCCGGUUUUCGAAAAAGACUCCAUAGAAAUUCAUCUUCCUGAAAACACGGGCGUAGGAACAAAAGUUCGACUUCCCUCAGCUACAGAUGCAGAUAGCAAAGAAUUCGGCAUAGAACGAUAUGAAAUUUCCGACCCUGCUCGAUUCUUUUCGAUCCUUCCUCUUCAGCACCCGAAUGGCAAGAUCAUCCCGCAACUCGUUCUUGAGCAACCCCUUGACUUUGAAAAACGAGAGAAUCAUGAGCUGGAGCUUGUUGCUUUCGACUUCGGUGGACUAUCGAGCUCGAUGAAAGUCAACGUUGUUGUCGAUGACGUUAACGAUCACUCACCAACAUUUGGAAGCGAAGAAGUCAGCAUGAACCUAACCGAAUCAAUUCCCGUUGGAACUGUUAUUCACAAGCUAAACGCUAGCGAUGGCGACCGCGGGCGCUACGGCAUCAUCACUUAUUCCUUCGACGAUGGAUUGACAGACGCGCUCUCUCGAAAGAUAUUUGAGAUCAACUCGAAAACUGGCGACAUUGCUGUCAAUUCUGAGCUGAAUUAUGAAAUGCAGAAGAAACACGUGCUCUAUGUUCAGGCAUUCGAUGGAUCUGAAAGCGCUCUUUCUACAGUUACCAUCAACAUUGUUAAUGUUAAUGAUAACGCUCCUCAAAUCGAACUUUCUUUUGGACGAAGAUCAGACGCUGAAGGAAGGAUUUCAGAAGACGCACCUGUUGGGACUUUUGUCGCGUUUGUUCGAGUCACUGAUUCGGACAAAGACCAGCAACUCACUGUUGCUCUCGAAGACGGAGAAGAUGGAGAUUUCGAGCUUGAGAGCAUCGAAGGCUCGAAUCGCUACAUUCUGAAAACAGCGAAAGAACUCGACCGCGAACGAGUGCAUCUUUACAAGCUUACUUUGCGAGCGAUGGACAAUGGAAGCCCUCCGCUGACAACGACGAACACGAAGUCAAUAAAAGUAGAAGAUGUAAACGACAAUGCGCCAUUCUUCCAGCGCGAUAUGUAUCAUGUAAAUAUUCUCGAAAAUAACGAUGUUGGCAAGUCGAUUGUUUCUCUCCGCGCGACGGAUGUCGAUGAGGGUGUAAAUGCCGAGAUUGAGUACUUUCUCGGUGAAGAAGACUCUCCUUAUUUCUCUCUCGAAAGAGAAACUGGCAAUCUGGUAGCUCUGAAAUCGCUGGAUGCAGAGUUUCUAUCCCGCCACGUUGUCCAAAUCAUCGCUGUCGACAAAGGAAGCCCAAGUCUUAGAGGAGAAACGAGCGUGAUUAUCAACGUCUUGGACGAGAACGACAACGAUCCAGUCUUCGAGCGCCUCGAAUACGACUUCUCAUUUCCGGAAACCACCGAGGGAGGGACAGUCAUUGGUUCUGUAUCUGCAAUCGACGCAGAUACCAAUGCCCAAGUCCGCUACAGGCUUGGAAGCAACUCCGUUCCUUUUCGAAUUCACCCCGAGACUGGGAAAAUUUCUCUUCAGCGAUCCAUCGACGCGGAUAUCGACAAGACCAAAUAUAACAUCGAGAUAAUCGCCGAGGACAAGGACGGGCGAAGCGCCACUGCUUCAGUUUCAAUUCUAGUUGAAGACAUAAACGACAACGCUCCGGCCCUGAUCUGGCCCAAUCCAGACCUCGACGUAAUCCAAGUUACUCUUGACACCCGCGUGGCAGAAAAAGUGGCUACGAUUCAAGUUCGCGAUCGAGAUCAAGGAGCAAACGGAGAAGUCAUCAUCAAUCAAAUCAAACCGCGAGAGCUGUUCAGAAUCAACUCCGCUGGCGAAGUUUUUCUUGCAUCGAAACUGAAAAGAUCCGAUCUUGGUGCAAACCCAAUUCUAAUCAGCAUCUCUGAUGGCGGCUCGCCUCCUCUUCAGAUUUCUUCUCGUGUGAAUAUUUACGUGACAGAAGAGGAAGUGACAAUGACAGCAAGUGAUGUUCAGGCCUUGUUGCCAGAAUUCAAGAGCCAGAGUUUGUCCCUCAAGACGAGUACAAGUCAGCUGGCAUUUUUCCUCGUUGCAGUUUUUACUGCACUUGUCUUUGUUGUCUUCAUGGUUACUUUCUACAUCGUGAUUCGUCGACGAUCCAAGAGCUCAAGAAACUCCUUCCCACCUCCACCACCCCACAACCCCGAUUACACCCGCUGCAAUCAGAGCAUCGAAAACCCCCAUCUCUUCCACGAAACCCAAACGCAUAAAAAGCCAGGAAGGCCUCUUCAACACAAACCUUCGGCGACAACUUCGCCCAGACAUUCCAGAAUCGAAAACUACGAGCGAGUCAAGUGGCAGGUAGAACUUACCAGCUCCAAUCAUCCGCACACACAGUGUACGAUUGAAAAUAGCUUCCACUCUGAUUCCGGGCGGGAAUCGGCCUCUGAUGGAACGAAUGAAAAUCCACAGCUCCAGCAGGUCCCUCUGAGCUCUCCGAAAUCAACUCAUAGUUCUUUGACAAGCGCCAGGCCAACUUUUUCAACAUUCAUGGACGAAUCCGACCUGGAAUCCGUCACAAUCGUAGAAUCAGAAAGAGAAGUUCAGAAGAUCUGGCCCAGCUUGGAAAAGAAAACACCAGAGAAGCGAAAGCCGCCGAUCCACCCUCGUUCAAACUCAAUUAACAACUCAUCAUUGAAAAAAUGA